AUCGAGAUCAUCUGUGAGAAGUGUACUUGUGAUGCUAGUGAUGAUGGAAGUUGAUUUUACAACAUUUAGGUUAUAAAGGGAAUCGUUGAAAUGAAUGUCAUAAAAUUGGACUGCAUGCGAUAUUUAUGUCGCCAAAUCAGUGCCUCGAGUAGUUUGUUCUCUUACAAAAGUGCAAUUAGUCUAGAAAAUAUUUAUCCCAGUAGUAGUCUUAAGCUUACUACUCCUACAGAGGUGCCGGUAGAUCCCAACUGCCCCAAUUUUUCAGGUUUCAUACCAAUAGACAAACUUCAGGUAACAUACAGCAGAAGCACUGGUCCUGGCGGUCAGAAUGUCAACAAGGUCAACACAAAGGUCGAUCUCCGUUUCCAUGUUGCAUCAGCUGAGUGGAUAUCACAGGAUAUUAAGCAGAGGAUCCUAGACGAACACAGUGCUAAGAUAACAAAAGAAGGUUUCCUGGUGAUCCGUUCUGAUAAGACACGAUUCCAGCAGCUAAACUUGGCAGAUGCUCUAGAGCGGCUGCGAACUCUAAUUCGAGCUAUAGCUGAGCCACCAAAGGAAGUUUCACCAGAGACUGAGGAGAAGCUGCGGAAGCGGCGAGAGAAGAAUGCUCGUUUGAGGCUAGUGGAGAAAAGGGAAAGAUCCUCAACAAAGCAGCAGCGGCAGGCCCCAACCAUAGAUUUCUAGUUACAGUCCCUAACACUCCCAUGACAUGUUCCCAAACCCUUUCCUUUUGGAGUGUUUCUGAUGUAAAUAUCUGACAUAGGUCUACCAUGAGAAGCUCUCUGCCACCGACCAACGAAUUUACUGUCACUUUAUGAUCAUAUAUCAAAUGUAAUGUGUAUGCUCUUACCUUUUCAGUAGUUCAUAUUGUCAUAUGUAUCACAGGGAGUAAGUCGCAGGUCUGGAUUGGUAAUUGGAUACUUACAGGCCGUAACUACAAAUAAUUAUAACCCUAUUGCUGCUUUACACUAUGUACAAUCACUCCACACUGAUCUCUUCAAUCUAUCUGCAGUAAUCUUCACGGGAGCUGUAACAAUCUCACUGAAUCACGCUCCAAAUAUUAUGCAUAAAUAAAGUUAUCUAAUCAAAUGUCUAGACUUAA